GAAUUUAUCAGUCCAUGGCAAACAACAUACAUAAGUAGUCUACAAGACAUUCAUGCACCAUAAAAACACAUCACUACCAACCAGCAGCCAGCAUGAUCUUUGGCACUUUACUCUUAGUCAGUAUCAUCCAGUUUGUAGCAGGUGACACUCCUGCUAACUGUCUCUACGAGGAUGUCCGCGGUACUUGGACUUUUGUGGAGACAGAGCGUUUGGGAAGCAACAAGAUUAACUGUGACACACUUGGUGCCAUAGCACAUGUCAAGAACUUCACACUUGCCUUCCCUGAUAUUGCUACUGAUGAGCUGGGCAAUGCAGGCACCUGGACCAUGAUAUACAACCAAGGCUUUGAGAUCAAUAUCAACCAAAGGUCAUACUUUGCCUUCUCAUAUUAUGAGACAGGAGAGAAUUCUGUCACCUCUUACUGUGGCCACACCUUCAAUGGCUGGUCCCGUGACAAGACCGUGAGAAACUGGUCUUGCUUCAAUGCCACAAAGACAACUGAAGUGCCUCCCCGCACAACAAAACAAUUGACCCACAUGGACUUGGUGCAGCUUUAUAGGAAUGACCCUGCUCUUGUGCAGAAAAUCAACCAGGUGCAGGGAUCAUGGCGGGCUAAAGUGUAUCCCGAGUUGGAAAAAUUCACAGUAGGGGAAGUGCAACAACGUGGAGGAAGAGUGUGGCCUGAUGUGCAAUCCCUGCCUGUCCCUGCCCCUGCCACAUCCGAGCAGAAGGCUCGGGUUGCCCUUCUGCCAGACAGCUUUGAUUGGCGCAAUGUGUCUGGGAUCAACUAUGUCUCCCCUGUGCGUAACCAAGGUUCCUGUGGAUCCUGCUAUGCAUUCGCUUCCAUGGCCAACCUAGAGUCCCAAGUGAGGAUUGCAACACAGAAUCAGCGGCAGGAUGUUUUUUCCCCUCAGGAUGUUGUGUCGUGCUCAGUGCUCGCCCAAGGCUGCCUAGGCGGCUUUGAUUACCUAAUUGCAGGACGCUAUGCUCAGGACCAAGGAGUUGUGGCCGAAGAGUGUAACCCUUACACUGGAAAAGAAGAUUCUUGCAACACCAAUAUGUUCUGCCCACGCACCUACGUCAGUGAAUACAAACAUGUGGGAGGCUACUACGGGGCAUGCAAUGAGGAAGUGAUGCUGGAGGCACUGGUAGAGACAGGCCCAAUAUCUGUUUCAUUCAUGGUGUAUGAUGACUUCUACAACUACGAUGGAGGCAUCUACCACUACACUGGCCUUAGGAAUGAGUUCAACCCAUUUGAGAUAACCAACCACGUGGUGUUAGUGGUGGGCUACGGCGCAGACAAAGACACAGGGGAAAAGUACUGGAUUGUUAAGAAUUCAUGGGGUGAACAGUGGGGUGAAGACGGCUUCUUCAGAAUAAGGCGAGGCAAUGACGAAUGUUCUCUUGAAUCAAUGGCUGUGCAGGUUACAAUCAUCCCAUGAAAUUCUUAAGAUGCCAAAAAUGAACUAAUUAAACCACAAAAACUAUUAAAGACAUUUACCUAGAAA